CUGUCUGUCCCCUAUCUGAGUACAACGUUUUUUUUCCUACUACUUCAAAUUAUUUAUUAUUUAUCAGUUUUUUUUCUAUACAUGAAGAAUUCCCUCUUCUCAUUAAUUUUUCCUUCCUUUAUUUCCUGCUUCCAGUUCUCUUCCAAUUUCCCUCUUUUAAUCUUUUUUUUUUUUUUUUUUUGGCAUCCGUCGAUCUUUACAACUAUUAAACACACCCAUUCUUCUCUGUCACAUCACACAACUCCUCAUUGACUUUCUUUUCCCCUCAAACCAUUAUUAUUAUUAUACAAUUUCCUCUCACACUUUUCUCUUUUUACAUAUUCUUUGAUUUCGGUUUUUUUCCUCCAUCCUCACACACGGAACUCUUCCUCUCUCUCUCUAGUUCACAGGGAAAUAAAAAAACAUAGCGCUCAGCAUCUUGCUCUGGGAUUUUUUUUUUCUGCAAUCAGCUUUUUUUGCCCAUAUGAAGGAUGUUUGAAAGAGGAUCCUGCAUACACAGGAGCAGUUAGGAGGCUGAUUUCAUGAGAGUUGAAGGAAGAUUAAAAUUCUAAAUUCCUGGAUUCUGCUGAACUGCACCUAUUUUGUCAAGAAAAAUACCAUGCUGAUCCAACACACCCCUUGCUGUCUACUUUUCUUGGCUCAUUUAGCCCUCUCUGUCUCUGAUUCGCCUGAUUCGCUUCUUGUAUCAUGGCCUCAGCACACAGACUGUAUCCAAGCUAAUGAGCUGUGCUCGGCAGACCCCAUAUGCAGCUCCCGUUACCGCACACUGCGCCAGUGCCUGGCAGGGAGAGAUCGCAAUGCUCUGCUUUCAAGCCCUGAGUGUCAGAAUGUCAUGGAAGUGCUGCAGGAAAGUGCCCUCUAUCUUUGUCGUUGUCGAAGGGGCAUGAAGAGGGAGCUACACUGUCUGCAAGUCUACUGGAGUAUUCAUGCUGGCCUAUCUGAUGGUGAAGAAUUUUAUGAAGCGUCACCGUAUGAACCAGUCACCUUUCGUUUCUCUGACAUUUUUCGUCUUGCAUCAAUCUCUUCAGGUUCAGAAGCCUCCCCAUCUAAGCACAAUGCCUGCCUGGAUGCUGCCAAAUCCUGUAAUCUAAACGACGUGUGCAAGCGACAGCGCACUGGCUUUAUUUCAACCUGCGCAGCAGGAGCAGAAAACUGUGGCCGUCACAAGUGUCACAAGGCCCUCCGUAAUUUUAUGGAGCGUGUCCCAAUGGACCUCUCCUAUCCAAUGCUUUUUUGUCCAUGUCGGGACACAGCUUGCGCAGAACGAAGACGUCAGACUACAGUGCCAAGCUGUUCCUUUCAGAGGACAACAAAUCCCAACUGUAUGGAAAUCUGGAGUGCUUGUCGACAGGAUCCAGUGUGCAGGUCUCGGUUGGCAGAUUUCAUUACUAACUGUCAGGUUUCAUCACAGACUGUAAGUGGUUGUGCGCGGGAUAAUUACCCGGCUUGUCUUGGAGCAUAUGCAGGACUGAUCGGAUUUGACGUAGCCUUGAAUUUCCUGGACUCUGACCCACACUCGCUGUCUAUUGGACCUUGGUGUACUUGUAAAGGGAGUGGAGAGCUGGAGACAGAGUGUGAGACAUACCUGAAAGAAUUCACUAAUAACCGUUGUCUAAAAAAUGCUAUUAAUGCUUUUGGGAAUGGUACAGAUGUUGUUCAUGUAAAGAGCACUCCUCGUACCCCACUCACUACCAGUCUUCCAAAACCAGAAAGGAAAGAUCCCCUUCCAGACAAUCAGAGUGACAGUAACACUGUGUAUGAAAGUAACCCUCGCAUCUGCACCUCUCUGCAGGACAUUAAGAACAACAGUUCUCCAGAGUUCAGGAUCUGCGUGUCUGAGAAUCAACUCAGCACAAAUCUAAAUGACGACCAAAGAAUCUACGGGGACAAUUCUGGGGUCUCCCACUUGAGAAUUUGUGGUCUUUACAUUAUAUUCUGUAUCCUCAGCCUCUCAAUCUAUUUCUAAGAUCACCCUUUGUGAAUUGGAGAUUUACCCUUUUUAUCUGUAAAAAAGAAGGACUUAUUCCCAAGCCUUUAAUAGUCUGGAAUGUCCACCAACUCAACUGGGAUGGGGGGGGGGGGGGGAAGAAGAGAAAAAAAAUGCACUUCAUGAAGAGAAUAAAUGGAGAUGGUGAAAAAAUAAAAAAGAGAGAGAAACUAAUAGAUGUAAUUUACAGUAUAUAGUACUGUCCACUACUUUUCCCUUAGAAAAAGUCACCACUCAAUAUAAAUAGUAUUUGGUGACAGAGUGAAUAAUAUAAUAUGAAAUGAUGCUUGUGUACAGUAUUGUGGCAAAAUGAACAUUGGAGCAUUGGAAUAAAAUACAAGAAAGAAAGGGAGUGUGGAUGGAUGAGUGAUAUAUAUAUAUAUAGGAAGAGAGAGGUGAAGUAGAUACUUUAGAAAAAAACAAAAUAUUUGUAAAUGUACCUGUUCGUAUAUGGAAGGUCUUGAACCUAUAAUUUUGUACCUGGGAGAGGAGGCAUUAAACAAGCUUCUCUCAGGGGAAGGCAAUGCGGUGUUCUGCUGCACUUUGGAAUGGGUUGGGUGUAAGAUGUGAUACUUUGUACAUAUAUACAUAGAUUUAUACUCCAUCUAAUAAUCUGCAUUUUAAAGAAUUAAAAUGUGUUAAACUUA